AAAUGAUUGUAACUAUACGAAUUGGAGCAAAUAACAGUGGUUAGUUGCAGAGGGGUGAACUAUAAAACCUCACUUUGCCUAUAUGCAUUGGUUGGUAACUCAGAACAAAAAGAAUUAAAAUAAAUAAAAAGAAAAGGGAAAUUGCAGUAAGAAGCAGAGGAAGCGUGUGAGCUGGGUUUUUGCUGUGAAUUGCGAGCGUUUCUUCAACCUUUUCUCUCUCAAACAAAUGGACAUUGAUUUCAAAGAAUAUCAGUUACGAUGUGAACUUCGUGGUCAUGAAGACGAUGUUCGUGGAAUAUGCGUGUGUGGCAAGGAGGGCAUAGCGACGUCGUCGAGGGACCGAACGGUUAGGUUCUGGUCUCCCGACCACAGCAAGUUCGUGUGUUCCAACAUUCUUUUGGGGCAUUCGAGCUUUGUUGGACCCUUGGCAUGGAUUCCUCCCAACACCGAUUUUCCGCGAGGUGGAGUUGUGUCUGGCGGCAUGGACACUCUUGUCUUCGUCUGGGACUUGAACACCGGUGAGAAGGUUCACAUGCUCAAGGGCCAUCAGUUGCAGGUCACUGGCAUUGCAUUCGAUGAUGGUGAUUUUAUUUCCUCUUCUGUUGAUUGUACCUUGAGAAGGUGGAGGAAUGGGCAAUCUAUAGAGACUUGGGAGGCUCAUAAGGCACCAGUCCAAGCAGUUGUAAAAUUGCCUUCAGGCGAGCUUGUUACAGGUUCUAGUGAUGCUACUUUAAAGAUUUGGAGAGGAAAAACUUGUUUACAUACCUUUCAAGGGCAUACAGAUACUGUUCGAGGCUUGGCUGUGAUGUCUGAUCUUGGAAUCCUAUCUGCAUCCCAUGAUGGUUCUCUCAGAUUAUGGACAUUAAAUGGUCAAGUGUUAAUGGAAAUGGUUGGUCAUACUGCUAUUGUUUAUUCAGUUGAUUCACAUGCAUCAGGCCUUAUUAUCAGUGGUAGUGAAGACCGGUUUGCUAAAAUUUGGAAAGAUGGAGUUUGUGUUCAGAGCAUAGAGCAUCCUGGUUGCGUUUGGGAUGCAAAAUUUAUGGAAAAUGGGGAUAUUGUGACAGCAUGUUCAGAUGGAGUUGUACGCAUUUGGACCGUAGAUCAGGAUAAGGUUGCUGACAAGCAGGAGCUUGAUUUAUACAGUUCACAACUUUCUCAAUACAAGUCUAGUAGAAAGAGGGUUGGAGGAUUGAAAUUGGAAGAGUUACCAGGCUUGGAGGCACUGAAGAUCCCAGGAACUAGUGAUGGCCAGACAAAGGUAGUCAGAGAGGGAGAUAAUGGAGUGGCAUAUGCAUGGAGCAUGAGAGAACAGAAGUGGGAUAAAAUUGGUGAAGUUGUUGAUGGACCAGAGGAAUCAAAUCGCCCUUUUUUCGAUGGUAUUCAGUAUGAUUAUGUGUUUGAUGUCGAUAUUGGAGAUGGUUUGCCUAUCCGUAAGUUGCCAUACAAUCGAUCAGAUAAUCCAUAUGAUGCUGCUGAUAAAUGGCUACUCAAGGAGAAUCUUCCUCUUUCUUUCCGUGAGCAAAUUGUACAGUUCAUUCUUCAAAAUACUGGACAAAACAAUAUUACUUUUGACACCUCAUUUCGUGAUCCCUACACUGGAUCCCAUGCUUACGUACCAGGACAACCUUCACAAGCAUCUGAUAUUUCUGCGAAACCUACUUUCAAGCAUAUUCCCAAGAAAGGGAUGCUUGUUUUUGAUGCAGCUCAAUUUGAUGGGAUCCUUAAAAAGAUUACGGAGUUCAAUAAUGCUUUACAAUCUGACCAGGAAAAGCAGAACUUGUCUUUGAAUGAGCUCAAUGUUUCCAGAUUGGGUGCAAUUGUCAAAACUCUGAAAGAUACUUCACAUUAUCAUUCUAGUAAAUUUGCAGACUCUGAUAUAGCUUUAUUACUGAAUCUGCUUCGAUCAUGGCCAAUCACAAUGAUAUUUCCUGUCAUUGAUAUUGUAAGGAUGAUAGUUCUUCAUCCAGAUGGGGCUAUUUUACUUCACAAGCACUUUGAAGCAGAAAAUGACAUACUGAUGGAAGUGAUUGAGAAAGUAACCAGAAAUCCAGCAAUUCCUGCAAAUUUGUUGACUAGCAUUCGUGUUGUAACUAAUCUCUUUAAGAAUUCUUGCUACUAUAACUGGUUGCAGAAACAUCGUAGUGAGAUUCUUGAUGCUUUCUCAAGUUGUAGUUCAUCUACUAACAAAAAUUUGCAGUUGUCGUACUCUACCUUGUUACUAAAUUAUGCUGUACUGUUGAUUGAAUCAAAGGAUCAAGAAGGUCAAUCCCAAGUUCUAUCAGCAGCACUUGAGAUUGUCGAGGAUGAAAAUGUAGAAAUUGAUUCCAAAUUCCGUGCUUUAGUUGCUGUUGGAUCCAUGAUGCUUGAGGGUCUUGUCAAAAAAAUAGCACUGGAUUUUGAUGUUGCGAACAUUGCAAAAGCAGCCAAGGGUUCUAAGGAUAACAAGAUUUCUGAAAUUGGAUCUGACCUCGAGCUGUUAACAAAGCAGAUCUGAAUUCAACACGUUUUAGGAUUAUUUAUUUUGUACUAAAAGGAGAUCGGCAACCAAGAGCGUUAAAGUAAAAUUGACAUCUUUGUCUGAUAGUUGUGCGUUUGUUUUCAAUUUCAAAACUAUGAGCUGUAACAUGUCAGGAGAUCAUUGACAGAGGAUACAUUGAUAGUGUCACAGCUCAAGUAAUCUCACAAUUGCAGAACCCCAUUCACCCUUUACAGGUUAAUAGAUCGCUGGAAACCCAUGAAAUGUUAUCAGAUACGUUGUUUAAGCCAAUUUAGCAAUUGCAGUGACAGUGUAGUUUAUUUUUUUAGUAUCUAGUUAUUUAAAUAAUUUCAUUUAAUACCUUUCAAGUUUGUAUUUUUAAUUUGGGGACACGAAUCAAGCUUCCUUUUUUCGGUCAUCAUACAUGAAUCGAGCUUGUAUGCUUAAAAUAAUUUGGAGAUGCGUUUAAUCCGAGGUCUAUCUCUAAUGGGAAUGUUAUAUGUUAUAUAUAACAUUUAU